AUGGAGAAGGGGCUCUUCUCAGUGGAGUGGCUGGCCCGGAGCAGCCGCAGCGGAGCCCAGUCCGUCGCCGCAGCCCGCCAGCCCCGCUCCCCGCCGGCAGGCACCGGCAGCCUGGAGGCCCCGGCGGAGCUCGCCGCCCCUCGGGACAGGGAGGCCACGGACCGCAUCAGCCCCGGGCACGAAGCGGAGGAGGGCGUCGGUGCCGUGCCCGGACGGCCCCGCACCAAGUUCUCGGCCGCGCAGCUGCAGGAGCUGGAGCGGAGCUUCCGCGAGCAGCGUUAUAUCGGCGCCAGCGAGAAGCGGCGCCUCGCCGCCGCCCUGAACCUCUCCCAGAGCCAGAUAAAAACCUGGUUUCAGAAUCGUCGCAUGAAGUUUAAACGUCAGACUCAAGAUGCUAGGGUGGAAGCUCUAUUCUCAGGUUUAUUUUUGCCCUCUCAUUGUUGCCCAGAUACUGCUACCUCCAGCUAUUCUCCUGGGGUGGACAUCAGUGUCUCCGCUACCUCUACUGGGUCCCUUCACCCAGCUAUGCCAAGCCCUGCUUUGUUGUUACCUUCAGUGCCAGCUCACUCCCUUCAGCCAGUUUUGCUUAGCUCAACUUUACUGAUGCCUCCCAGCCCAGAAUUAACUUGUUACUCUUCUGUAAUUCCAGCGACUCUAACAGAUGACCAUAAAGGACUGAUGUUCCAGCCAUAUCUUCCUUCCUUUUAAAAAUGACAAAUGCUACCUGUAAUCUAAAUGAAAAC